AUGACAGACAAUAGCAAAACCACAACGACCGAAAAAAGUGACAAAGUGGAUUUUUCCACGCUUUCUAUGCGUCAAAUAUGCAGAAUUCCUUCAAAAAAAUCAUCUCGGAAAACUAAAAUAGUCUCGAAAGAACCCUUCAAUCGAUAUGUCGACGAGGAGUGUGUCGGCGAGAUAAGUACUGAACCAUCAAACGAAGAGACCGCCAGCGAAGUUGAGAAAAAGCGUGUUGUAGCUAAGCCACGCAAAUCGAAGAAAUGGGACAAACAAGAAAUACUAAAAUUGUAUACUGGUAUCAUGAAAUAUGGCGCAGACUUUGGCCUUAUCGAAUUGAUGUUCGACGACAGAACACGGAAACAAAUUAAAGCAAAGUUUAAAGCUGAGGAACGUGUCCGCCCUAAUAUGAUUGAAAGAGCUCUUAACGCACAACAAACAAUGGACGCAGCUCUUCUUAAUGAGACGCUCGAUCUUAUUACAAAACAAACUCCAGACGAAAAUGAAAACGAAGAGCAAAGGAAAAAUUAA